AAGCCAUUGAACAACAAGUACUCGAUCGAUCCCAAACAUGUUCUAGCUGGACUCAUUGCUUAUAUAUAGGUAUGAUGAUCGUAUCCGCAUGCGGCAAACAGAUCGAGCUGGCCAAUGAAAUUCAGAGCAAUAUCUACACUAGUUUAAGUGCUGAUCAAUUUAGUGUCACCUGCCUCAUGGGUUCCACGGAGGCCAUCUUGUCUGCGCAGAUGGCCAGCAAAUGCUUCAGCGUCAGUAAGUUCAUGGCGAGCCCCGUGCCACAAAUGCAGAAGCAGUGUGAUGGUAGCAGCAGUGCUAGCAGCGCCAGCAGAAGACAAGUGGAGAAGAAUGAGACGAACAGUUUCGCUGCGAAGAUUGUCGGUAUGCAGCAGCAACAGUUGAAGCCACGGUUCGCUCUGGAGUUGGAUGGGCUUAAUUGCUUCGAGACCAUUGUUCCUCUCUGAACUCUGACGCACUCUCCGUUUCCAGCAGAUAGGUUUUUUGUUUGUGGAAUGCUCGUUUAAACCUUCAAAAUAAGAAAACUACAUGCAUCAAAGCGGUAGGAAUCAACUCAUCCAAAACAGGAGAUGGGACACAUCGAAGCGCUUGGGAACAUCCAAUUGCAAUUCACCACAACUUAGGUGGUGAUGUGGAGGGAAAUUGUAGGGUCAUUCCUAUUCCUGCGGCACAUGAUAAUGAUGUUACCGUUGGCUAGGAA